AGUCUUGGCACGAUUGAUUUUCCCGCUUCUUCGACCGUCCAGAUUUCAACAAUCUCAUAUUACGUCGACAAAAUCGUACAAUUCCCAAGUCAAUAUCAUUCAAGAUAACAGCAGUUACGCAAGUCACAACUUCCACUUUAAUUCAUCCUAGAUAAACUAACACGUAUGAAGUAAAAGGAUUAUUGAAGAUUUUAAAAGAACGAUGCGGCAAGAAUAACUUAGUUGUAACUUAGUGUAGCUAAACAAACUGUUAUUGAGUCGUGACAGAACUUAUUAUACAGAGGUGGGUGACUAUAUAUUUAAGGCUGCCAUGUUCUCGCCCCACCGCGUGUUACGACCGUGCAUACAGUUGAUAAGGAACGCGCGCUCGUUACAGUCGACAAGUAACGGUGUCACGUCAUCACGAUCGUCGCUUGCCCAGGACUUCUAUCGUCGGCAUCCAUUGGCGGAAUCACUUACAAAGACUCUCAGCGCAUCGUUUGCGACAAUGGCAAAAAUAAAGGUAGGACCAGUCGUUGACAUUCUCGGCGAUGAAAUGACUCGCAUUAUAUGGGACUCGAUCAAGGAGAAGUUGAUUUUGCCUUACCUGGACAUAGAACUGCACACCUAUGACUUAGGUAUUGAGAAUCGCGACGCCACAGACGACAAAGUGACGGUGGAGUGCGCGGAGGCGAUCAAGCGUUACAAUGUCGGUAUCAAGUGUGCCACCAUCACGCCUGAUGAGAAACGCGUGGAGGAGUUCAAGCUGAAGCAGAUGUGGAAAAGUCCGAACGGCACCAUCCGUAACAUACUGGGUGGCACGGUGUUCCGCGAGGCGAUUAUCUGCAAGAACAUACCGCGUCUGGUGACCGGUUGGAACGAGCCAAUCAUCAUCGGCAGACACGCGCAUGCCGAUCAAUACAAAGCUACGGACUUCGUCGUGCCGGGUCCGGGCAAGCUAGAGAUCACAUGGACCGGCGUGUCCGGCGAGAAGAUUCAGUAUACGGUUUACGAAUUCAAGGGUGCAGGUAUCGCCCAAGCCCAGUACAACACUGACGAGAGCAUCCGCGCGUUCGCUCACAGCUCGUUCAAGUACGCGCUCUCGCGCAACUAUCCGCUUUACUUAUCGACGAAGAACACGAUUCUGAAGAAGUACGACGGCAGAUUCAAGGACAUCUUCCAGGAGAUCUAUGACAAGGAGUACAAGUCGCAGUUCGAGGAGCGCAAAGUAUGGUACGAGCAUCGACUGAUCGACGACAUGGUGGCGUACGCGAUGAAGUCGAAUGGCGGCUUCGUGUGGUCAUGCAAGAACUACGACGGUGACGUGCAGUCGGAUUCGGUGGCGCAGGGCUACGGCUCGCUCGGCCUCAUGACUUCGGUGCUGAUAUGCCCGGAUGGCCGCACGGUGGAGGCCGAAGCCGCCCAUGGCACCGUCACCAGGCAUUACCGUCAGUAUCAGCUGGGUAAGGAGACGUCCACAAAUCCGAUCGCCUCGAUCUUUGCUUGGACGCAAGGAUUGCUGCAUCGUGCCAAGCUCGACGACAACACCAGCCUGAAGCAUUUCGCCGAGACGCUGGAGAAAGUUUGCAUAGAUACCAUCGAGUCCGGCUUCAUGACCAAGGAUCUUGCUAUAUGCAUCAAAGGUAUGGACAAUGUUACCAGAUCCGACUACCUGGAGACGUUCGAGUUUAUGAACAAACUCGCCGACAAUCUGAAGAAGCGCCUCGACAUCUGACUUGCCGGCGAGGAGCAACACGCGAACUUGCCAGCCAAAUAUUAGGUCGCGUUACGAACAAAUCGAAAAUGAGAUAAUGCGAAUGGGUGGGGGGCUUGCGGGUAUAAAGCGGAAAUAUCUCGGUGAAUGUUACAAUAAUCCGGAUAAUUUGUUGCAAUUAUGUAAAUACGUAAAAAAUUUUGCUUGCUUUUGCGCCACGUUAUCGUUGCGUCACGUUCGAGCUUAUAUUCGAGAUUUCGGCUGAUGUUUCAAACCGAUUAUCACGUCUUACUCCGUGUGACGACCGUGUAAUCGAUAUCAACUGCAUAAACACGCGAGAUUGUGAAAUACGAGGAGCAAAUCGGCCGAUCCUUACUCAGCGAAAUGGUUAAUGAUGCAAAUGAAUCUCAUUCAUUGUCUCGUAAUUUUCAUACCGGACAUUGGGUAUUGUGCUGCAGUUCGGGUCGAUUCAUUGUCGAUUCGGGCUUUCGGCCAUGCAGCUCGAAUGUAAGUCGAACGUAAGUCGAUCGCUCUUUUUGUAGAUUAUUUUCUAUACCUAUAAGGUUUAUGUAUGCCUCGGUCACCGCAUAUAAAUCAACAAAAUAAUAUAUAUAUAUAUAUAUAUAUAUAU